AAGCUUCGAAAUGGAGGGAAGGCUUAUGAAACUAAACUUAUGCCCUGAGAAUUAGUCUUUCGACCGACACAAUGUCUCACCUAUACGGAUACGAAACCACAGCAGACGGGGUGGUUCGCGACCUCAGCGAGCACAUUAAGAAUAAGGUGCUCUUGACGACCGGCGUGUCCCUAGGUAGCCUGGGUCCUGGUCUCUUGAUUCUGGCCGGUCGUAGUCUUCCAAAACUACAGGAAACAGCCGAAGCUCUUGCCGUUUCCUAUCCCGCGGUCCGAACACGCCCCCUUGAGCUAGACCUGGGCUCUCUUGCCAUAGUUCGUCGAUCAGCAGCAGUUGUCAAUGAUUGGGAUGAUGUCCUAAGGAUCGAUGUUCUCGUGAAUAAUGCUGGUAUUCUGGGCGUUGAUUUUGCUCUGACCCCUGAUGGAUAUGAGAUAACCUUUGCUACAAAUCACCUGGGACAUUUCCUAUUUACCAAUCUUAUUAUGGGUAAGCUGCUAGCAGCUAAGUCGGCCCGGGUCGUUAACGUUAGCAGCGAUGGCUAUCGCUUGAACCCUAUACGAUGGGGAGACUACGACUUUCAUACGGCUAACAUGUUGAUGGCCAUCUCCUUGGCUGAGAAAUUGGGACCUAAGCGAGGGCUGCUGGCUUUCAGCUUGCAUCCCGGUACCGUUAUGACUAACCUGACCGGCCACCUGAUAUUAAAUGAUGGCUGGCUUGAGGUGAUUCGGGCCUCUGACAAGGUACUUGGGAAUGUGGACGGGUGGAAGGGCUAUGCCUGGAAGACAGAACAGCAGGGCGCAGCCACCUACGUGUACGCAGCGUUUGAUCCUAGCAUUGCAGAGCAUAGCGGAGCCUAUCUCGUGGACUGCAAAGUCGCCGACCCCUGGACUGAAACGGUGAGGCUCUGGGCGACCAGCGCUGUUGAAGCUGAGUGA